AUGCCAUUUGAUAACGGACUUUAUUCCGAUCAUGGGAACUAUGUAAUAGUUCUUUUGAAUGGAACUGANAGCAUUGCAAGAAAUAUAUUCAAGGAAAUCGUUCCGGUCGAAAAGCGAAAUGUUUCUUGUUGGAAUGAAUUGCAAGAUGAUGUGCUAUGUAAGGAAAAAAUGUUAAUCCACUUUAUGAAAAAUUAUUUCGGUCCACUUGACGUUGACGAGAAAAAAGUGCAUAUUAGUAUCGUUGGUUGUCUUCGAAAUGAUCGUGGAAAACAGAAGAGCGUGAAACAACGAGUUCAAGCGGCUCUCAACAUCGAUCAAACCGCAAGUUAUCCGAACGAAAUUGACUUUGUCGAUGAUGACAAUCAGAUCGACGAUGUUCUUGAUGAUUGA